UGUGUGUGUGGAAUCUGCGGGGAGUGGAAACAAGAAGAGUUGCUGGGAAUAAACACGGAAAAUGCUCCAGGAGGUUUAAGUGGUUUACCUGAGGAAAAAGCUGCUGGUAUCCGGGAUGUACCCCAACUCCCAGCCGGCCAGGCACCCGGCCCAGACGCUGCCCAUCAACAGCCAGUUCAUGGCGCCCUCGUAUGAGUUCACCGCUUACCAUCAUAUGCCGGGAGUCGAUCCGUCCGGAAGUGCUUGGAACGGCGUUUACCGUGAGGAUUACUCUUAUAGCUUCCCAGGUCCGAGCCCCAGCACCGGGCAGGUGAACUUCACCGCCGCGGAGCUGACCGGCACGCCCACCGUCACCGGAGGAGGAGGCCUCACCCCCUACAACCUUUUCUCCAGUCAGGACCCCUUCUGCACCCGGAGGAGAACCCUGGAGCAUGUCAAGCCUUCUGUACCUCCAGGAGGGAAGACUCGUACAAAGGACAAGUACAGAGUGGUGUACACGGACCACCAGCGCCAGGAGCUGGAGACCGAGUUUCAGUUCAAUCGCUACAUCACAAUGAGGCGCAAGUCUGAGCUUUCCGUGGCACUGAGCCUCUCCGAAAGACAGGUGAAGAUCUGGUUUCAGAACAGACGCGCCAAAGAGAGGAAGAUAAACAGGAAGAAGCUGCAGGAUUCCCAGCAGCCGUCCACGUCCGCCAGCACCCCGCCUGUGCCCACUGGAUCCAGUGACGGCCACAAGGCAACCAGCCCUGGCAGCCACAUUUUGUCCAACACCAUGUCAGAAUACAAGAUGGAGUUCAUAUGA